AUGCCAGGAGCAACAGAUACGUGCAAGAGAUGCAAGACGAACACGUCGGUGCUCGUGGUACGCUCAGAGCCACUUUGCCAUGAUUGUUUCGCGAGAUAUGUGCACACAAAAGCCAUCAAGCGCCUGGAGACGUUCCGUGUAAAUUUUGCGGCUCCGGCUCAACAGCGCAGAAUCCUGCUACCCCUCUCUUUUGGCGUUUCAUCCACCACGCUCUUGCACGUCCUGGAUCUGCACCUCAAAACUCAACAAGCCAAAACCGGCCGUACGGGAUUUACCAUCAGCGUAGUACUCAUCCAAGAUCUCGAACAGUCUUUUCCUGUUGAUCAACUACUCAGCAAGGCUCGGGAGCAGUAUCCAGAUCAUCAGUAUGCGUCGUUGCCACUGCACGAUGUGUUUCGACUCAUCUCGGACGACGCUUCUCUUCGAGGCCUGGCGCCAAAUCUAGUUGCCCAGGAAGGCCUCACUCAUCAGGAGCAACUCACCCACAUGAUCAGCUCGCUUGUUUCGGCUACGGCACGUGCAGAUGUUCAGAACACACUCAAGACCAGGCUGAUUGUCGAACACGCCAAGCUGACCGGUUGUGAGAGCAUACUUUGGGGUGACAGUACCACCAGACUCGCCGAGAAAACACUGGCCGAGACAGCAAAGGGCCGAGGGUUCUCCUUGCCAUGGCAAAUAUCAGACGGCGAGUCCCCUCUUGGCGUCAAGUUUCACUAUCCGCUCCGCGAUGUUCUCAAGAAAGAGCUGGUGUCGUACACCAACAUGGCAGACCCUGGACUGAGGCCACUUGUGUAUGAGCCAUCAUCGGGCGCGACGCAGGCUUCUACGAGCUCGAAAAACACCACUAUUGAUGACCUUAUGAAGCAGUACUUCGAGUCUGUCGAGGAGAACUUUCCUAGUAUCGUGUCGAAUGUGGUUCGAACUACCGGUAAGCUUCAAAUGCCAACAGAUGCGACUUUAGACCCACCCUGCAGUCUAUGCGGUAUGCCUGUAUCUGGUGGACGGUUUGGCAUCCAUGGUUGGGGCGGCGACCAGGAGGAUGGCAUUGACGAUUUGCCCGUGGAUGCCGCGAGCAGGAUCUGCUAUGGUUGUACGAGAUCGAUGUCUCGACCGAUCACAGCUACGAAUGGGACUUGA